AUGAUCAACUCUCACGAAUCCCUAGGCAUCGCCCAAAUCGUCUUCUACGUGCCCAUCGUCCCAACUGCCAUCUGGCUCUUUCGACGCAAUGGCAAAAACCGCCCACGCAUGGCCUGGUGGUGCUUGAUUCCUUUCAGUCUAAUGCGUCUGGCUGGUGGUCCCGUCCUCAUCGCCUUUGAGCAGAAGCCCAGCAUCGGACUCUACGUCGCAGCCAUUAUCCUCCUCAACGUCGGUGUUGUCCCUCUUAUUUUAGCUACUCUGGGUUAUGUACGCAUCGUCCUCCUCGACAACUACAGUUCCAAUCCCCGAGCGAAUAAAAUCGGCCGCAUCCUACGCUUCUGCAUCUUCGUCGCCAUCGGCCUCCUUUCUGCCGGCGGAGGUGUCAGCUCCAUCGGCACACCAUCCGCCAUGAACACCAGCCGUGCGCUCUCUCUCGUCGGAUACAUCCUAUUUGCCGUCAUCCUCGGCGUCCUCAUCGCCAUGAUGUCGUAUUUCUGGAGAAAGAAGCACACCCUUCUCCCCAGUAGCCAAGCCAUCUUACGUGGUGGCCUCCUUGCAUCCCCCUUUCUCAUCAUCCGUACCGUCUUCGGUCUUCUUGAAGUCGCGUUCCAAAACAGUGCUACCUCGCACUUUAGCCCCGUCGAGGGCAAUGCUGUCGCCUUUGCGCUAAUGGCCCUGCUGCCAGAAUACAUCGCCAUACUCACUUAUAUCUACACCGGUUUCUCCAUUCCUCCCGAUCGAGGUGUUCCGGCUGCCGUAGAGACAAUUACCCAGUCCGCUGAUAAGAGCAGUGUCUAA